ACUUCCUUCGAUUUCUACAAUGCAGAUCUACUCAGAGAGCCCAGAGGUGGAGAUCCUAAAACGAUUCAAUGUGGUAAAAGAGGUUUUCAAAACAAUGGUUUUAGAAUUAUAAAUGGAACACUUGCUUCAAAAGGUGAAUUUCCUUGGUUGAUUUCCCUUAGUAUAAAGGAUGCCAAUGCAAAUAAAUAUAAACAUAAUUGUGGAGGCGCAAUAAUCUCAGAUUUAUGGAUUCUAACAGCAGCUCACUGUGUAUUUGGUAUUAAGAAGGAUUCCUUAUUGGUGAUAGCUGGAGCUAAUAAUAUCAAAGUAAAGGAAGAUACUCAACAAAGUAGGAGCGUAAUCGGUGUUUUUGUUCAUAAUUUCGAUAAGACAUUUGCCAAUGACAUUGCUCUACUAAAAUUGGAAUCACCACUAGAAUUUGGUUUUGGCAUUGAUGUAAUGCCCAUUUGCUUGCCUCAAAAAAAUCAACAAUUUAUUGGAAAUGCAGUUGUAGCUGGAUGGGGAAGUACAGAAAGUGAACAUUCAUCUGAUUUAUUACAUUUUGUUGAAAUACCUCUUGUUGAUAAAACAAGUUGUGAUUAUAAUUAUAUAAGAAAUGGAUUUUCAAGUUUGUUGAACAAUUGCCAGAUUUGCGCAGGCUCACCAGAGGGUGGUAAAGAUGCUUGUCAGGGAGAUUCCGGUGGUCCACUUAUAUGUACAUAUAAUGGUGAAAAUAUUUUAUGUGGACUUGUAAGCUGGGGAAUUGGAUGUGGAAAAAAAGAAUAUCCAGGGAUUUAUACUAAAGUAUCUUGUUAUAUGGAAUGGAUUGAAAAUAAUCUGAUUGCAGAAUCUAUUUAAAAUAUAUUGAAACUUUAUAAUACUAAUCUGAUAUUUGAAAAAUAUUGUAAAAUUAUUCAAGAUUGUUCUAUGUAGAAGGUCUACAUUUUUCCCUCAAAUUUGUAUUAUAAAUCAAAAAUCGCUUA